AUGGCGCAACCAAUCGAGCGCAAUCAGGAUGCUACAGUAUAUGUCGGCAAUCUGGAUGACCGCUGCACCGAUGCCUUGAUUUGGGAACUUAUGGCACAAGCUGGACCCGUUGUCAAUGUGCACUUGCCAAAGGACAGGGUAACACAAACGCACCAGAACUAUGGUUUUUGUGAAUAUGUUUCUGAAGAUGAUGCCGACUACGCUUGCAAGAUCCUUAAUCAGGUUAAACUCUUUGGAAAGCCACUCAGGAUCAACAAAGCAACAUCAGACAAAAAGAAUUUGGAUGUAGGAGCAUCGCUGUUCAUUGGAAACCUGGCGCCAGAUGCAGAUGAGACUUUAUUGAGAGAUACGUUUAGUGCAUUUGGAACGAUUGUGGGACAUGCUAAAAUCGCGCGUGACUUAGAGACUGGACAAUCCAAAGGCUAUGGAUUUGUUAGCUUUGACAACUUUGAGAGCUCUGAUGCUGCUAUCGAUGCCAUGAAUGGCCAAAUCCUAGCUAAUAAACCCAUCACAGUGAGCUAUGCAUAUAAGAAGGACGGAAAAGGAGAAAGGCAUGGAUCCGCUGCAGAGCGACUUAUUGCUGCACAAGGAAGAAAAAAUCAACCCGCUAUGCCCAACCGUUUGUUUGCGGAUAUUCCAGGAACAGGACCUGGAGUAUUUACGCCGACAGGAGCAAAUGCUACAGGUAUUGCACCUGUAUCUCGUCCUCCACCUUCAUUUUCACAAGCAUCACUCUCACAAGGACACCCAGGCAUGCCUCGACCACCUGCUCCUUACGGACAGCAGCUUCCUCAUCCUCCGCGGUUUAGUGGUUCAGGACACCCUAACCACAUGCAACAACAGCCACAGUACCAUGGAAGCAAUGCUAUUCCAUUGGGUCAACCUUCAAGGCCACCGCCUUUUGGCGCGAUCCAUCCGCCAGGUAGUACUGUCCCGCCGCCUCCUGGUAUCUAUGCACCUAAUCCUAAUCACCCCCCGAUGAUGCAAGGCGCACCACCGCCAGGAUAUCCUCCGAUGCAGCAACCAGGUUAUUUAGGGGCACCACCUAUGCGCCCCCCAGGAAACUACACGCCCUAUGGAGCACCGCCUCCACCACCACCGCUACAAGGAUACCAAGGCUUUCCCGGCCAGUAG